UGCAGCGCAGGCUGGCAGGUGAGAGCUGGUCUGCAAGGGAAGCCGGUUUAAAAACUGUCUCCCUGCACAGAAUGGCUCUCCUGUGCCACCCUGUGCUGCUGCCCUCUGUGAACAGACUGUUCCAGCAUCCUAUAUCACAGGCAGCAGCAUGGGCGUGGGGUAGUCAAGCAGUUCCACAGGCUCUGGUGCUGGUGGGGAGCCAGCUUAAAAGCUGCCUUCCCACAGGCAGCAGCUCCCCCCUCCUUGCUGCCUCUGAUAGAGAGACAGCAAGUAGGGGGGAGGAAUGUACAUAAUCAUGAGGUUAAUUGUUUACAUGACUACACCUAGCAUCCCUACGGUUCUCUUUAAGUACAUUCAAUUUAUUGGUGAUAGAAGAAUGAAGCUGAAAAAUAGGCUAGUUAGUCUCAGAUUUGGCUACUGGACAAUUUUUUUUAAUUAAAGCUUUAGGUACUAUUAUUAAAUGCUUUGUACUUCAAUAUAAUAGCAAACUAAAGAGUGCGGACAAGUCUACAUUUACAAUACUCUCUCAUCAAAAGUGGAAACUGUGGAGAGUAGUUAAUUCAUCUCCAGAGAAGCGGUAAUUACAGGGACAGGGCGCUGUCUCCAAAGGAGAGCUCCUCUACACUGGACUGAGUUAGUAUAGCGUUCUCUCAUAGGGGUGGGCAGUUUUCACACCCCUGAAUGAAGCAGUUACACCAAUACCUGGUCUAACAGGGCAGUGCUAUUCAGCAGGUCAAGGAGGAAAGUGAUCUCUCAUAUACAAUCGCGGUGGGGAAGGAGAACCCGCUAGCUGGAGUCACAGACUAGAGUUACAUGUAGCCAGACUCUCCGGGAAAGGCCCCUGUUUGCUGCCUGCCAGCAGGAGUGUCAAGCUCUCCCCUGGAAAGGGUGGGCUCUGAGUGGUAUUGCAGAGGGGAAGCGCGCAGCAGCCACCUGCUACCCCGCCUGGGGGGACACGGAGCUUGGGAUCCGCAGCAGCUACUGAAAGGAUGAGGUUCAACGUCAAGGCAGCAUGGAGAAUAAACAGCAACAAUUCCUCUUAGGAAGGGAAACUAACCCAGAAACUGAAAACCAAUCCUUUGAGAUGCUCAAAGAACUAGCACUGAAGUGGUUUAUGGAAACGCAGGCUCCUCUUCUAUUACAGAAUGGUACUUUACCUGAGUGGUUCUAUGGAUUCAUUACAAGAAAGCAGAGUGAAGAGCUGCUCAAAGACAAAGAUGCUGGUUGUUUUCUUAUCAGAUUAAGUGACAGAGCAAUUGGUUACAUUCUGUCAUAUAGAGGAAAAGAUCGAUGUCGGCAUUUUAUCAUUAAUCACCUACGGAAUGGCCAUUAUGUAAUAUCAGGGGAUAACUGCACACAUGAAAGUCUUGCAGAGCUGAUAGGCUAUUACCAGACUUCAGAAAUUGAGCCUUUUGGAGAAAAUCUUACAACAAUUUGUACUCAGCCAAUUGAGAAAAGUGUAUAUGACGAGAUCUCUUUGAAUCAGCAAGCCUCUUCAAAGCAAAUUAAAUCAAAUAGUGGGGAAAUCAAUCCCUUGAUGAUAAGACAAGGGUCUGGCAGUUCACAAAGCACUGUCCUAAUGAAAGAAGCCACUUUUCUACCUCCAAAGUCAAAGAGAGAGCACAAGCACUUUUCAGGAGAAAGAAAGAACUUUGACUCUCAGGAUUCUGACAUAGCCCCACCACUGCCGAAUAGAAGCAGCUUGCUUAUGCAGGAGACACUGAAGCUUGAUUUAGAUGAUCAAGGAAACACUGUAUAUGCGGAACUGAACAAACACCAUCUGAACAACAGAGGCCUUAGUUUGGAGACCCACUCUGCCACUGUCAAAAGCAUCACUGAGAAACCAUCCUGUUCAUCACAAGGAGACACCCAGCAAAAACCAGGAGAACCAGACCUAGCAAACUAUUCUCAUAUCAAAAAAAUCAGCUCAGUGUAUACUUUGGCUAAGCAAGCUGAAUGUUUUAAUGACAAAAAAGUUGAUCUUAUAAAGCCAUCUCCUCCAGAAAUUGUUUAUUCUGAAAUUAUGCUUGAGCAUGGCAAAAGCCAUUCCUCAUUUCUUUGGGGUCAGAGUGCCCAUUCCCUGCCCUUUUGUCCAUCAACUUCUGUAGACACAAAAAAGUUGACAUUACAUACUCCUGCGUCAGCACCUCCUCAAUUGUCUCCCAAGUUACCCAUUAAAACUAGGACCUCUGUGGAGUUCCAGAGCUCAGAACAGGUAUUUGCAACCUAUGCAGCCUCCCUCCAAAGCAAUGAAGGACUUAGGAAACCAGACAAGAGCCUUUCUGAUUCACUGACACAUAGCACAUACAGGCAGAUUGAAAAGGUGAAAGUUUGUAAGCCUUUUGUUUCUGGCUCUGAUAGUGGGAGCAAUACUUAUGAACAGAUUCCUGUGGGACGACCAAAGUCAUCUACUCAUGACCAAGCUGCUGAGAAACUUUCCAAGUCUUCAUUAACACAAGCCAAUGAUACUUAUGAUGAGUUGUCUUCUUUGAACAUAAGAUCCUCUGGAACAGAGAACUGUGCUGAAAAUACAUAUGAAAAAAUUCCUGAAAAUUUCCAGAAAGGCUUAUCUGCAAAGAAAAUUUCUUCUAUUGAUAAUACACAUGAGCAACUUUCCCUAGACCUUGUGAAGGGAGCAGAAGCAAAACCAAAUCAGAAGAUGGACAAGCGAAGAAGAUUUUUUUUUGCUGACAAGAAGAAUAAAUCAUGAAGGAGGAGUUUUAAAUUUGUUCCAGAUAGCCUAGACUAAAGAUCAUAGAAAAACUCGCAGGGAGAAAUUAAUUCCUCAGGUAAUUUCACAGAUGGCUGUGGGGUUAAUCAGGGCCAUGUUUAGCCUGUCCUGUUUAUAAAUGCAAAAACAGAGAUGAAAUGCUGGAAAGCAUUUGUCAGAUAGUUACAAAGCCCCCAGUUCUUCAAAAUCUGCACAAUUUCAAUUUUCUUUUUGCCUGAGCCAUGCAAAUUUAGGAUCUAGAGUUUUAAGCCCAGGAGCAUGAAGCACAUGGUAGAAGUUGGCCAUCCUAGGCCAAUUCUCCCACAAGAUGUGGGGAAGCAGCAGUCUGCAAUCCCUCCAGCACAGCUUCAGAUUGGAAUAGGUGAGAGAUACACAUAGUGUGGCUCAGCUGAAAGGGGGUGACCAUCCUGCCCUUGUGUGUCCCUGGUUGGUUAGAGCAAUAGGGACAGCACUGUUGUAUAGCUGUUCAGCUAGGAAGCCAUUCUGGACUUGGCAGUGCAACAACAACUUGCUGAACAACAUUACAGACCCUGUUGUAAAAAAGAGCUACUGGCAUUCAUGAACGCGUGUUCCCCAUCUGUCCACAGCAGCCUCUAACUCUUAUUCUUAACCGCUGAAGGCAACUGUCAGUGCUUUUGUUCUUUUUAUAGUGCCUAAAACAAUGGGGUCCUGGUCUAUGACUGCGGCUCUGCAAUUCACAUAAUUAACAACAGCAAUACACUCAAACACCGAUUUUAUAUACAACUCUUCUGACACAGGGAGUUGACUAAUUAUUUCAAUAUAGUAUUUUCUAUUUAAAAAAAAAUCCUCAACCUGAUUUUAAUCCUCCAUCAGUUUUACAUUGGUUAAACGUCAUUGGUUCAGGUUAUUCCUGAUUUGCACUGGUGUACAUGAAAAAGCCUGAUAAAGCCCUUUGAAUUUAAAUGAAGCUAUUUAUUUUGAAAUCGCCACAUUAUUAAGGUCAGAGCAAUACUUUCAUACUUUUUGUUUACGACUUAGAUGUGUGCAAUUAAAAAUAAAUUAUGCUGCUAUUUGUAGCUUAUUUUGAAAUGUGCCCACUUUCCUGCAUGUAUCUUUUCAAUCAGAGCUAUAAGAAUUGCAUCUGACAAAGACACAGCUUUCACAGGCUGUAUGUAAUUUGUUCAGAAUCAUUAAAAUGAAUUUUGUUCACUGUCUGUGGUUCAUUUCACACAAUAAUGGUGAUAUUGCAUGUUCUGUGGAGCAGCUUCAGACUUAGACAUAGAAACUGAUUGCUGUGCUGUGUAUGAUGGGGCCCGGCAGGAUUGCUGUUCACAAAGCCACCUGCAUCCUUCUGAAUUAUGGCUAUAUCCCUGUACCUACCUCAGGUUCAUUGCUAGCUGCCAGUGUACCUGUGCUUCUGUGAUGGAGCCACUGUGCCCACGCACCCAUCGUCAAAUCAAGGGAGAAGUCCUAAGUUUGACACAGCAAACCGCAAUCUCUUGGUAAAACCUGAGGAGCCUAUUCUGGAACCAACUAGCAUCAGCACAAA